AGUUGGGUUUUCACAGAUCCAACAUCAAGCAAGUCAUGCCCAAGGCAACGACGGACGAGUCGUUGGAGGAUGGCCAUAGUAGCUCGUUGGAACCAUUGCUGUCUUCGCAUCAUGUGAGCGGCAACGAGGACGACGCCCUCAAAGCUACUCUGCCUCGACGACGACGACGUCUGUGGACGUGGAAGCAUACUGCAGCGUUCGGAGUCGGAGGCCUUGCCAUCGGCCUAAUCGUGUUGGCAUUCAGCAUUCGACCUCUUGCGCUGCGUGCGAUCGAGGCAACUAAAAUGGACAUCCAGCGCAUGCAGCUGCAGUAUCCGCGCGAUGACUCUGUCCAACUCACGACCCAACUGGCGAUCUCGUCCGACAGCCCCUUCGGUGUGACCAUGCAUCCAACCAAGUUGGCGAUCCGCUAUGCCAACUCGAUCGUGGGCCUCUUUAGCACCCCGUCCAUGGACAUUACUCGCGGCACGUCGGUCCACACGAUCGAAAACGCGACGUUAACGGUCACCAACUUGACCGCGUGGGCGUUGUUCGCAGCGGCGAUGGUCAACUCGACCACCAUGACAUGGACGCUCUCUGGCGAGAUCGACAUUUCUCUGCACCUCUUGUCGAUUCCCAUCUCCAACUUGCCAUUGGCCAAGUCCAUGGUGCUGCCUGGCAUGCAAGGGCUGCGUUCGCUUGUUGUCGACAAGAUGGACCUGUCGAAGUCCACCCCCAGCGACGUCCUAGCCGCCAUCGACACGUGCUUGCUGAAUCCGUCUGCCGCCGCGCUCACCCCCGUGGGCUCGCUCUGCUUCCAUGUGUUUUACCCCCAUCCAUCGACACACAUUCCGACUCUGGUGGGUCACUUGACAUCGUCGUCCAGUGGGACGUCGCUGCCGGUCACGCGAAUCGACCCGUCGCAUCCAGCGUGCGCCGCGUAUGCCGCCAGAGGCAUGAACCGCCUUGCGUUGACCGGUCGCAUUGUCUCGAGUGACCCAUCGACCACCAGUGCCCUCAUUUCCCAGUACUUAAGUGAACGCCCGGCACAAGUUCAAGUGACUGCGUGCUGGCCCCACGCGUCGUCGAUCUCGUUGUACAACGAUGCUUUGCGCACAUUGCGAUUGAAUUCCACGUUGCCACCAAAUCCCGUGCCGUUGAUUCAAGACUUGACGUUUACGUCCAUGCAACUCGUGCCAGUGAACGACACAGCAGUGCAAGUGCAGACGACUGUGGUGGCCACCACACAGAGUCCACUUGGAGCGCACUCGCCGCUGUCGCUUUCGGCGAUGGCCAUGUCAGUGGACUUGUUUAGUGGCAACGAGGAAAAAGGAUUUGGGACCAUGACCACGCAGUUGGUGCAUGUCGACGGCGAUGUGGUCGGCUUGAGCAACUUGACGCUGCGUUGCACAGCAACUUUGAUUCUAUCCGACAACGGCCACCCGUUUGGACAGUUUGUGCACUCGCUGGUUCAUCUCCGCGAGAAGCCCAUGUAUGUGCGAGGGUCGUUCGACGUCGUCGCGCAUGGGGCGUUGGGUAAUUUAACACUGAAGGCAGUGCCCGUGCACGUGUUGAGCCAAGUGGGCGGCAUGGACGGAUUGUCGAAUGUCACGAUUGUGGGAUUUAACCUCCCCGGUCCCCAUACAGCCCAAGGCCAGCAAGUGGAAGCCAUUUCAGACAUUUGGAACCCGUCGGUCGUGGCCAUGGACGUAGGGGACGUUCGGCUCCGGUUGUCGAUUCAAAACGACAGUUUUCUAGGACGGGUGUCGACUGGCAUUGCGUUGACACCCGAGUCAAUAACGCGGGUGCAGUUGAAUGGCCAGUUGAAGCCCCAAGUGGACGCCCAAGGAGACGUGGGUCCGGACGUGAAUGUGUUUUUUUCGCGUUUUAUAUCCAACCAGCCAUCGCCGCUCUCGAUUGAGAUUGAAACCGUUCGCUCGUCGAUUCCGUGGCUCCAACAAGGUUUGGAGCACAUGCACCUACAGACGACGUUCCCGGGGGUACCCGUCGACUUGGUGUCUUCUGUGAACAUGCCGACGAUGCAUAUUCAUUUCCGUGCGUCGAGUAUGCACAUGCAGGCGGCGAUGUACGCUGGCGUGUCGAUGCCGCCGGCGCUGGCGCAUCUGCCCAUCAACAUUACGCACCUGACGCUGUCGAGUGCGCUCAUGUGGAAUGACGUCGACCGGUUGAGUCAGCUGCGGAUUCCAAUGCAGUCGGUUACGUACACUGCGUUCCCAGUACCUGGACAAGGCCAAGUGGAGUUUGAGUCGGAGAUUCUAUUGGAGAACGUCGACAUACCUGCCAUGGCUCAGUUUGUACGAUCGCUCAUGUUUGCCUCGGGGACUGUACCGUUAACAAUCCAAAGCCACCGCCACGGCCUCGGACAGGAUGGCGUGUCGCCCGUGGUGGAGACGCCCAUGGGUCGCCUGCAGCUGACUCAUUUGCCUGUGCAUGCGACGCUGCAACUGACGGGCAUGCAGGGCUUUCGACUGCGCGGGGUUAAUAUUACCGCAGUGGACAUUGUGUCUGGCACGAGUGACACGCUGGUGCUGGCUAUGGCGCUGCGCAUGUCCAAUCCUUCCCAAGUGACCGCUGAAUUGGACUCUCUCUCAGUGCAAGUGUGGCUCCAAGGAACGCUCCUGGGCGUGGCGCGCAUGAUCAACGUCACACUGGCCUGCUGCAAUGCCACGAGCCCAUUGGCCGGUUUGUUUUCAUUCCGCCCUACAAACAUCACCCUCGGGCGCGCGUUUUUGUCCCAGUUUGUGUCGGGAACCACGUCCCAAGAGGUGCAUAUUCAAGGCACAAUCGACAGCAGUCCAAAUCCGUACUUAAAAGCGGCACUGCCCCAUUUGCAAUUCAAUUCGUCGGUGGCGUCGCUCGCGCAGCUGUUUCCCUCCAUGCCGACGCUGGUUUCCCUCUCCAAGAUGUACAAGCCAUCGGUAUGGCACUGGUUUUCCAUCGCCACGGCGCUCAAGGUGCGCAACCCGUUUGGCCAUGCGAUUAACGUGACGGCGACCAAUUUGCGGCUCUAUCCGUGCGCGGCUCAACAUAAGGAGCCAUCGGGUUGGUCCCGUAUUGUGAUUGUUUGAGAGCGACUUCACAAUUGUAGGUCGAUUGGUAUGCGCCAAAUAUUACACGGUGCCGCUUGCCCGAUUCCAUCCAAAGGAGUUUGAACCGAUGGUCAUUCCUGCGAAAACAUCCCCCGACGGAUGCUUUACCUGCUGCCAAGGACCGAAAUGUCAAGACAGCAUGCCAUUGUGUGUGGGUGCGACGGCGGGCAAGUGCAUGCAGGCCAACGUGGACGUGUCUCUGUGGAGCGUCGAGAUGAUCAAGACGCUGUACGCGACGAUGACGACCGGGCUGUUGAUGCACGUGGAAGGCACCCUUACUGCAAUGAUCGAUGCGUAUCCGAUGGAACUAGCGUAUGUCCAAGAUGGGUUGCUCGUGGAAAUGGCAUAAGAACGAACAAGGGAUAUGAUUACACCUAUGUAGUCGAUUGGAAGUAUAUACUAAGGGAACACACGCGUUCACGAGUGGACUGCCGUACUGUGCACAUGGGAUUGUUUGGUUGGGGUGGUGUAUGGGGUCGAUGUAGCGGAC